GCGCGCGGAUAGGGGAUGGGCUUUCUGGCCGUUGAAAGACAGUCUGUUCAAAUUCACCAUAAUCAUCACAUUAACGUGCUUUGCAGAAAAGUUGAUUUUGAAUGCAUUUUCUGUCAUUUUGAAGUCGGAAUGUUUUGAAAUACACUUUCACAAGUUUUAUGCAUAAAAUAUAUUUUUGGAAAAAACUAUUUUGAUGUACAUUUUACACAGUUCUGGUGCACCCAUUGUAGAUAAUUGCAGCCUGAAAAAGCGCAUCAAAUGUCGGUUUGCCGAAUUACCAGAAUUGUCUUGAAGUUUUCAGGUAGUAAAGGCGAAUCGGCGGGGUACACAUCUGCGAGCAACCAAAAAGCAAAGGAAAUUAAUAGGAACCUUCACGAACAACAGGAGCUGCUUCCGGCGGGGCCGCCAUGUUACAGUGGGUGGUGUUUGAUGGACUGAGUUCAAUGUUGGUCAAGCUUGUUCGGCGUGGCCGGCGACACCGCUUCGUUGUUUAAGGAGCAACAACAAGAACAAAAAAUCCGCUUGAGGUGGUGAGGUGGUGGGGGGGGGAAAAAAUGAUCCACAGCCUGUUCCUCGUCAACUGCACCGGCGAUAUCUUUCUGGAGAAGCACUGGAAGAGUGUGGUGAGCCGCUCGGUUUGCGACUAUUUCUUCGAGGCCCAGGAGAAAGCCGGGGAGGCGGACAACGUCCCCCCGGUGAUCCCCACGCCCCACCACUACCUGGUCAGCACCUACAGGGACAAGAUCUUCUUCGUCGCCGUGAUCCAGUCCGAGGUGCCUCCCCUGUUCGUCAUCGAGUUUCUCCAUCGGGUGGCGGAAACUUUGCAGGACUAUUUUGGAGAAUGCUCUGAGGCUGCAAUUAAGGAUAAUGUAGUGAUUGUAUACGAGCUCCUGGAAGAGAUGUUGGACAACGGUUUUCCAUUGGCUACUGAAUCCAAUAUCUUAAAAGAACUCAUUAAACCUCCUACAAUCCUUCGUUCUGUUGUUAACACUAUUACAGGUAGCAGUAACGUAGGAGAUCAACUUCCCACUGGGCAACUAUCUAAUAUCCCUUGGCGAAGAGCUGGAGUCAAGUAUACAAAUAACGAAGCUUAUUUUGAUGUUACGGAAGAAAUUGAUGCCAUCAUUGACAAAUCAGGAUCAACAGUUUUUGCUGAGAUCCAGGGUGUGAUUGAUGCUUGCAUCAAGCUAACUGGAAUGCCAGACCUCACCCUUUCCUUUAUGAAUCCAAGACUGCUAGAUGAUGUCAGCUUCCAUCCAUGUGUUCGCUUUAAAAGAUGGGAAUCUGAGCGAGUUCUGUCAUUCAUUCCUCCAGAUGGAAAUUUCCGUUUGAUGUCUUAUCAUGUCAGCUCACAAAACUUGGUGGCAAUACCAGUUUAUGUAAAACACAAUAUCAGCUUCAGAGAAAAUGGAUCUACAGGGCGAUUUGAUGUAACAAUUGGGCCAAAACAGACCAUGGGAAAAAUAGUGGAAAGCAUUCUAAUGAUAAUUCAUAUGCCUAAAGGAGUGCUCAAUAUGACCCUUACUGCAGCACAGGGCACUUAUACAUUUGAUCCAGUCACCAAGGUGUUAAUUUGGGACAUUGGAAAAAUUACCUUGCCAAAGUUACCAACUCUCAAGGGAUUGAUUAGCCUACAAUCCAUGGCACCAAAACCAGAAGAGAAUCCAACAAUCAAUGUUCAGUUUCGGAUCCAGCAACUUGCAGUAUCAGGUUUGAAAGUGAAUCGACUGGACAUGUAUGGAGAAAGAUACAAACCAUUUAAAGGUGUGAAAUACGUCACCAAGGCAGGAAAAUUUCAAGUCAGGACAUGAGGGAGAGAAAAUAAAAUUAACUUGCACAGUUUCCAAGCAUUGAAAUCUGGUAUUCAGCAACAAAGAAUAUGAAUUAUUUUUUUUAAAUUUAACACUUCAUCUCAAAUGAUUUCAGAAUUCUGAAUGCUUUAAUUGGUAAAGGAAAAGGGAAAACAUGAUGGAAGGUAUUUCUAUAGUAUAUUGUGAUUAACUGCCUUAAUUAUAAUGUAAUGUUUUAACAGGGGUAUGAAAUAAAUUGGCUUUAAAGUAUUAAAUUGUUUUCUAAAAAGGGCAUUGUUCCUUCACCAAUUGUUUCUUCAUAAAAGAUAGAACCAUGCACACUUAGACAUUCUAGUUUUAUACUUCAGUUAUACAAGAUGUUUUAUCUUGUGCUGUUAAGAGCCCAAAGGUAAUGUGGCAUAGUAGAAAUUAUAAACUAGCAUUGCCAAAUUGUGCGAGGAAAUAUAUUUAAGCACCCAUCACUGCUUCAAACUGCUUUUAUGCUCAGAUACGUAUAAAGUAUUUGGAAUUGAGCCAGUUAGUGUGCCAACCAAACCCUCCCUUGGCUGCAAUUUUCAACAUGGCUCAAAAAUCUAUGGAAUUGCUAAAUAGACCAUACACUUCAAGCCCAUGGAUGUUUAGGUGCCUAAUAAAAUUUACUAAAAGGAAGAGAAUACCAACACUAUUAAUGCAAGUAGGCUACUUUUAGAGUUAAACAAGUACCCAGUAGCAUUAAAUGUACAUUUUAGCAUUUAGGAAAAGACUUAGUACUUAAUAUCUUUGGUCACACUUUGUACUUUUGAAUGUUUGAUUUAAUUGUCUCAAUAAAAAUGAGUACAUUUCAA